AUGGAUACCAUCCCGUCUGGAACUCUUGAAGGGGCUUGCAUGGCCGAACAGCCGUCUGCCAACUCCAGCAUGUCCCCGGCUAUUGGAGCGCCAAACGCGCUGCUCGACUUCUUUUUCCCGGGUUUUGGUGUUUUAGCAGAUGCCGUCGUCCGGUACACGGGUAUCGACCUCAAUGUUUACAUCCCCCUGCUACUGCUCAUGGGAGGCGUCACCUUGGCCUGGCGCUACUUCACCGAAUAUGCCUGGAAUCUGGUCGACAAGCACCUCAUGUCGACCGUCGACAUCCGGCCGGACGAUGAGAUCUACAACAUGGUCAUGAGCUGGGUCGCCAAUCAGUACUUCGCAAAAGGGGCGCGCCGUUUCGUGGCCAAUACCAACCUCAACUCACGAUCGUGGCAUCUCUGGAGGCGGGAAGAGGAAAACGAAGAAGACGAGUACGAAGACUCCGGGGAAGCGAGCCCGCACCGCAAGCAAAAACCCCUGGCGUACACACCUACAUUCGGCAGUCACUGGUUUUGGUACAAAGGCCGCAUUCUCAUGUUCAACCGUACUCAGAGCGCAAGCCAGGCAGGCUAUCUCACGGUUAGCGAGCGCGAGGCAAUCUCCAUAUCGUGCUUUAAUCGGAAUCCCCAGGUCUUGAAGGACCUGCUUCUUGAGGCCCGGGAGGAGUACAUGAAGCACGAUGAGAAUAAAACCCUCAUUUAUCGUGGUGCAUCUCGCAGCGGUAGCAUCUCUGAACCCUUCUGGCAGCGCUGUAUGACACGCACUGCGCGACCCUUCGAGACUGUCAUCUUGAGUGAGAAGGUCAAAAACGAGCUGAUCGCCGACAUUGCCGACUACCUGAACCCGGCCACUCGUCGGUGGUACAAUAACCGCGGUAUUCCUUACCGCCGGGGUUAUUUGUUGUACGGACCUCCGGGAACAGGCAAAUCGUCACUUAGCUUGGCUCUCGCUGGACACUUCAAGAUGCGGAUUUACAUCGUCAGCUUGAGUUCCGUCACUGCCAAUGAGGAGAAUAUGGCUACGCUGUUCGCCGAGCUGCCGCGUCGCUGUAUCGUGCUUCUUGAGGAUAUUGAUACUGCAGGUUUGACACACACGCGUGAAGAAGGGUCUUCUGACGAGAAGGAUGAAACUCUCGGGAAAGAAAGCAAUGAUGGGAGCCUUUCUCGACUGGGCAAGCAUGUGCUAGACUCCAUGAAGAACGGCAAUUCAAGCCGCCUGUCCCUGUCGGGUCUACUCAAUAUCAUCGAUGGUGUUGCUUCACAGGAGGGUCGCAUCCUGAUCAUGACGACUAACCAUCUCGAGAAGCUCGACAAGGCGCUGAUCCGGCCUGGACGCAUUGACAUGAUUGUCAAGUUCGGCAAAGCUGACGCUGAUAUGACGGGAGCCAUCUUCCGAGCUAUCUAUGCUCCUCUUGAGGCUGACGAGGAGCCGACUGCUGCAGCCAGCCGGUCUUCGUCCAGGUCACGGGCUCUGAGAGACUUGGACAACCGCUUGCUCAAGAAGGCUGUCAAUGCGCUGACGCCGAACGAGGAGCGUAAGAAGGCUGCCAACGAUGAUGAAGCACAACGCAAGAAGGAGGAAACAAUUGCCAAGGUCAAAAAGCUGGCCGAGGAGUUUACGACCAAAAUUCCUGCACAUGAGUUCUCACCAGCUGAGAUUCAGGGAUUCCUGCUUAAGCAUAAACGAGAUCCUGAAAAGGCCGUUGAGUUAGCCGAGCAAUGGGUAAUUGACACCAGGAAGGAAAGGAAAGAGAAGGAGCUCAAGGAAGCAGAGGAGAAGCGCAAGGCAGAAGAAGAGGCCAGGAAGAAGAAGGAGGGGAGAGAGAAGAAGCCAAAAGAGGAAGAUGAGAAGAAAGAGAAGAGAAGGGCUAAGCAAAAGACAAAAAGGUCAAAAAAGGCUAAGAACACAGAUGAGUCCGACGCGUCCUCCUCCGACUCAUCGUCUUCUUUCUCAUCCAACGAGGCCAAUAGUGCUUCUGAGGCGGAGCCUAAGAAUGUCAAGUCAAAGAAGACCAUUACCAAGACAAAGCAAGCCAAGGACACUGCUCCUGCUGCUGUCGAGCAGUCUUCGGCUGAGGUUGCCAAGUUUGAGUCCAGGACUGGACAGCAGCAGCCCGUGGUGGUGGUGCCGGCCCCGUCCAUGACCUCAUCAGUGUCUGCCCCUCCUUCGAUCGACACCGAGAAAGAGAAGGGUGCAUCUUUGGAUGCUCAGAAGACACCUCAGGGGGCAGACUCAGGAUAUGGAACCCCAUAA